CAUGGCCGGUCUUUGGGGUAUCGGUCGUUUGGCGUUGUUUGCAUUCGCUUUCGCGGUGCUCAAGUCUUCCGCCCAACGAUGUGGACAGGUGCAAGUUUUAAAGCAAGGACUUAUCUUUGGCGGUUCGGCAUCCACACCGGGCAUGUGGCCCUGGCACGUAGCACUGUUUCAUCGGGAAUCCGUCACCAGAACGUCGUACAAAUGUGGUGGCACGAUCAUCAACCGUGAAACCGUUCUUACAGCGUUUCACUGCGUGGUGGAUAAUCAACGACCGAUUGCGGCGGGACGUCUGGUAGCGCGGGCUGGAUUGUUUGAUCUAGAUGUUGGUGGCAAUGCCGUUCAAGAAAAUCGUGUCUUUGAGAUUAUCUCACCACCGGGAGCAAGUGCGCGUACGUUCAAUGACGACAUCGCAAUACUUAAAAUGCACACACAGUUCACGUACGAUGAUUACGUACAGCCCGUGUGUAUACGAUCGAUACCGCAGGACAUUGGCCAGCUGGUGGGUGCGUUCGGGACGGUGGUUGGCUGGGGUUGGACGGAGCAAAACUCUACCUCAGCCACCUUACGGCAGGCCAACAUACCGAUAGUGAGUGCGGACGAUUGUUUGGCAACCGAUCGGAACCUUUUCAGCCAGGUACUGACGACGAAGGUGUAUUGUGCCGGAAGCCGGAACGGCACAUCGAGCUGCAACGGUGACAGCGGUGGUGGAAUGUUCUUCCGUAUGGGUGGUUACUGGUUCCAGCGAGGGAUAACGUCGUUUUCCUCGGUGGAUGAGAACUUGAGCGGGAUUUGCAACUCGCACGGUUAUGUUGGGUACACCGAUGUAGCGAAGUAUCUGGAUUGGAUGCGCGAUCAGGGCAUAAGUUUUGAGGAUCCGUUGCGGCACACUGUACCAACGAAGAAACCCGUUCAAAGUGAUGGCAGUACGACGCUUUUGCGGCUAUCAGUUGACCCUAAGACGAAGAAGUUCUUGCAGCAGCAUAAGGGUAAUGUGUUGCUGCGGGUUCAGCUGAACGGUAGGCGGGUGGAGAGCUUGUUUCAGUAA